UUUAUAAUGUAUUUUACUUGCCAAGUGGGAUGUCGAAGACCGGAAAAAGCCCACUUCACACGUGACCUGCACUUGGAGUAUUAAUCUGUUCGCUUCAGACCAAUAAGCAGAUUGACGUAUAGCUCUAUAACCAGAAGCAGUAAUAGAUGAAUGUUUCCACCUUACAUAAUAAAACGGAACUCGGAGUUCCGGGUACAACGCAAGACUCUCCAUGAUCCAAGGCCAUCAAGAAUAUGUAUAAUGAAGAGUUCGUCGGACUUUGUGAUACAACGGGUUUUGGAGUGCAGUAUCCUCAUAUUCCAGUCGCAACAUUGAACUCCGGCUCUAAUAAGCAGCAAGUCGGUGAGUGAUGGACAUCAAUCCCGGAAAAUCCCAGGAGUGCCAGCUUUGCAAGAAGACUUUCAGCCAAAAGUCAUCUUUGGUACGGCAUUUGAAAUUGUGCACUCGCCCUAGAGUAGCAAGCCUGAGACAGAAAUCAUGUCGACAAUGCUCACACGCGAAGGCUAAGUGCGACUUGCAGAGACCGACUUGUACCCGGUGCUCUUCGCGAGGUGUGCCUUGCAACUAUUUGACAGCGCCCACAGAGUAUGGGUCUGAUCAUGACCUCUGUCCAAGCCAGGAGGUGCAGCAAACCUCCUCUAGUAGUACCGCAACUCCGGAAGGCACGAAGACAACCGGACCCGAACCUCUGGAAGACUUCUUGAACAGAGUCAAUGAGCCACUACAAUUGACCUUGGAGGACAUGCCUCUCGAUGUCUCACUCCCAGAUCCUCUUCACACCAACGGCCCCACAAACUUCUUCGAAACACCUCAUGAUAGUACCGAUCUAAUAGGAUUAGGAGAUUCGUGGCUUCUAGCUCCUUUGAACACACAAGAUACGACACCUCCAUUGGCAAAACACAGUAUGCAGGUCUUGUUGCGAGUAUUUCGCACCUGGCCGUGCAUGCUAGCGAAAGGGUUUCAGUACCCUCCAAUAUUCCACAAUACGAUGAUCACCCGUAAAGACAGGUGUUGCUCGAUACCCCUGGCUAAUUGCUGCACACUGAUCAAAAUGUGGUACGGUCAACAUGGUGGAUCCACCGCUUUUGUUCAAGAGACUAUCAUAAAGGAGAUUAAACAUAUUAUUGCAACCUACCGGACCUACGACGAGGAAGAUCUCCUCGGUGCCUUGCAAGCGACUACCAUGUAUAUCAUCAUGUUGAUAUUUCCGACGAAGGAUCAGAUUGCCAUUCCAACCAUCGAUACAGCUCUAUUCUCUGAUAUCCUACAGAUCGUGUGGCAUUCAGCUAGUUCUGGUCUUGUUCUUCAAGAAGAAACUGAUCACGCAGUCCCAUCUUGGCAAUCAUGGAUACAUAUCACCUCUAAGCGCAAAGCAGUCUUCACUCUCUAUAUGGUACACUGGUCAUAUUCUGUCUAUCACGGCUUGCAAUCAUUCAACUGUGGCGAGCUGGGCUUUAUGCCAGCCCCGGCUGCAAAAUUCCUAUGGGAAGCGAGAUCCGAGGAGCAGUGGGUGCUCCUUUACCAGAAAUGGCUUGCUCAGUGGGAUGGCUGUGAGUUUAUGCACCAUGAGUUUAACUACGUUAAGCCUGGCGUGAUGCUGGAUGAGAGGACUCAAAGAUGGCUUGAGGAUGCAGAUGAGCUUGGAAUCUUGUUCUCAUCGAUUUUCAAUAGCACGGAUCGUGGGCCGGAGUUCAUGCAACACAUGCAAUCUGCUUGCUGAACCGGGAGUCCGGUCCUUAGAGCUAGCUUGAGGCUCACUUUCCUCCUCGGCAGUGACUACUUUCUCGCAGCUCAACCAUAUAUCUGCAUUCCUUCCCUACAAAGAUCCUCCGCUUUCGUUCCAUCAGCUUCUCGCUACGAUUCCUCAAGAUGGCGGCAACCAGAGAACUUGAUAUCGUCCUGUUGGGUGCCACAGGCUUCAGGGGAGCUCUCUGUGCGGAGCAUAUCAUGAGAACCUUUCCCACAACUCUCAAAUGGGCAAUCGCUGGACGAUCAGCAGCUGCACUCGAGAGACUAUCUGAACGCCUGAUCAGUAUCAACACUGAUCGUUUACGCCAGGUAGACUCCCCGUUGCUGGUG